ACAUGUGCUACAAUCUAUCAAGAGACAUCUCGGUUCAAUUAACUAAAUAAGUAUCUGAAUCAUUCAAUAUAAAACAUUGAUAGCUGUAAGUCACCAGUUGAGAAUCGUGUAAAAGCAUCGAGUGCAAACAUUUUAAAAGAAGAUGUUAAAAAUAUUAUAUGUUUUACUAAAAGUGUUAAUAUUAAUGAGAGCGAACAUCGCACUUUCGUCAGAUGAUGUAAGGGAACCUGUUUAUGUCACCCACUAUACAAUCGAUCAGUUCUCAAAGAUCAAACGUGUCGAGAAUUAUAUUGAUAACGAUUAUAUUGAUAACGUUACUGUGAGAAAUGAAGUUGAAAACGUUCCAAGCGAGCCAACUUCUCCUAGAGUAUUCAUACAAUUUGAGAAUAGACUGGACGAGAGAAGCGGCAUUAUUGUGAGAUACAGAUGGAAAGAACCUAAAUCCAUAAAUGGUAAAAUACAAAAAUACACAGUCCGGAUUUGGUACAUAAACCAGAAAAAGUUUAUAAACUUUAUUCAUAAUAUCUUAUCUACGGAAGUACACUUUAAAGUGACCAAUUUACCUCCUUCUAUGAUGUAUUUUCAAGUACAAGCGUAUAACGAAAAUGGCGCAGGUCCUUAUACAAAGUUCAGAAAUGUAUCGUCAACGCACGAAAAUCCAGUACCUUUAUUAUUAAUCAGCGCAUCGCAUAGAAUAUUAGUAUCAGAUAUAGAUUUACAAGAAAUCUAUGAACUUAAUAAAUAUAGAACAAAAGAAAAUUAUUCGGCAUUGGAACAUAAACUUUAUUGGAUUAAUGAAGUGUCGGAGUUAAUUUCAUACGAUUUUAAUGCAAACACAAUGAAAACAAAUCACAUUUACACAAAAAUAGUUGAUCUCGACUCUUCUGCGCACAAUCUCUGUAUCGAUUGGAUAGCAAGAAAUCUUUAUAGGAUACAAGAUGCCAACCACACCAAAAAUAUUAUGAAGCUAGAUUUAACAUUGUGGGAACAAACUGGCUUAGCCAAAUAUCAUAGCAUCCUACAGAUAAAUGAGUCUAAAUUUUUAAAUAUAGUGCCACUUAAAGGAUACAUUUACUGGAUGGAAUUAAAUUCAAAUAAUCAAUAUGUAAUAAGGCAAUCGGAUCUCGAUGGAAAAAAUAAAAAAUCUUUUUUGGAAGACAAAGAUAAUGAAUGCUUCUGCCCAUACAAAUUACAAGAAGCAUCCACCAUGCACAUUCACAACACAAAUAUUGACGAACCGUUAAUGUAUUGGACAUCGAAAGAUCAUUUAAUCGCAGGGCGGGACAUUUAUGGUUGUAGGUGCCGUUUGGUUCUCAGCGCUGGAAAUCAAAAAUUUUUCAAUUACUUAACAAUUGAUAAGACAAACAUUUACUUAUUUAGUAGAGACGAACUCCAAUCCAUAGUUUAUCUCUAUAUGUUAAAUAAAAAAUAUGCUCUUAUCGAAAGCAACGAAAAUGCUUUUAAACAUGAAUUUAACAUAUAUAAGAUAGGCAAUAAGAGCCAAAUCGCUUUUAAACAUGUCCCAAAAGAUAUUGGUUUUGUAGAACCCAUAAAUUCAGUCAUAGCUCUUGAUGUAUCUUCGCAACCAUAUCCGCCAACAACGUGUCUGACACCUAAAGUAAAAAAUUAUGCUAUUAAAGUAACAAACAUAACCGCGAAUAGCAUCAUUGUAAAUCUCCCGGAACCGGAUCCCAAUGACGGCUGCGAAAAGUAUAACUUACCCACUACUAUAUAUAUAAUUUCUGUAAGCCAUUGUUUGGACAAUGAUCAUAACAAGUUCAAAAAAAGGAACGAGCAAACGCACAAAAGUCAUUACGAAAUAAAGAAUUUAACGCCAUUCACAGAGUACAGAUUAAAGCUGGCACUAAGCAAUUUUUAUGUUGACAAAUUCUCUAAGGACUUGCAAUUCGGCGAGGAUGUGAUACAGAAAACUAAUCCAGGCAAAUUCAAUGCGCCGGAAAAUGUAACUGUUCAAGUUCUAACUCCUACUUUAGCGAAGAUCUAUUGGAUGCCACCGCAGAAUCUAAACUGCGCGCAGCAAGUAAAUUACGAGGUGCAUUGGAAAUCAAUUCUUUUUUCAAAUGGCACACGAAAAAUAACUUAUCAAGUGCCACACAUCGAACAACUUUUUAAGCUCGAACGUAAUGUAUUUCAGGGAACUGUCGAGAUUUUAGAAGGAUUAAACACAAUGCCUGUCGCAAUAAAGAUACUACGAGAAAAUGCUUCCUCGAAUGACAAAGAAAACAUUUUGCAAGAGGCUAAAGUUAUGAGCUAUUUUCACCACAAACAUGUGGUAAAAUUGUUGUUCGUCUGUUUGGACAAUGAUUCACCAAUGCUCAUAUCAGAAUUAAUGGAAGGUGGUGACUUAUUGAAAUAUUUGCAAGAGUGUCAAAAAUUGCAAUCGUCAGAUCCACGCUCUUUGCGUCUGCAAGACUUGCUUGCCAUGUGCGAAGAUGUAGCACGCGGUUGUUGCUCUUUAGAAAAACUACACUUCGUGCAUAGAGAUCUCGCAUGUCGUAAUUGUUUAAUAUCGUCAAGAAAUCGCGAAAAUCGUAUUGUAAAAAUCAGCGAUUUUGGACUAGCUAAUCUCUACAAGAAUGCAUACUAUCGUACGAAAGGAGAAGGUCCGCUUCCUCUUCGCUGGAUGGCACCGGAAUCUUUGAUGUACCGAAAAUUUACUUCGCAAAGCGAUGUUUGGUCGUUCGGGGUACUUAUAUGGGAAAUUAUGACAUUAGGUGAACACCCCUAUUCUACCAAAAAUCAUUCUGAAGUAUGGCAAUAUGUGUGUGCGGGAGGCAAGCUGCCAAAACCUCUCAACUGUCCAUUGAUGUUAUGAUUGAUGCAUCGUUGCUGGAGUCCAAUAAAUGCUAGACCGAAUUUUACAAUUUGUUUAGAAAAUAUUAUAACUCUGAGAAACAAUAUAGAAGACACGAUACCGAGUUUGGCUGAUAGUAUCAGAUAUGUAGAGCUUCCGUCUUCUGGAGAAAUAGAAGGUUCUGUCGAAAGUAUAGCACAUCCUACAUCCGAACGUUUAACUACCAAUGAUGCUCCAAAUGUCAUAGAAUAUUCGACGUUAUCGCAUUCUUGAAUGAGUGAUUUUUAAAAGCUCCUGUUAACACUUAUAAUUAAUUUUACCAUUUUUUAUUCUAACUAUCGAUAUAUUAUAUUAUAUACAAUAGCCAUAAUGUAACUAAAUACAAUAAUGUGAAAAUCUCUUUUUAA